GUCAUAUCUCCGACGACAUAUCUCCGCCCAGUACAUUUUGCCGGCGGAAUUAUGUCGCUUUUUUUCUGGCGGACUUAUGUCGUUUGAAAGCGUCAUAUCUCCGCUCGGAGAUAUGACGUUUUGAAACGACAUAUCUCCGCCGUGUUACAAACGACAUAUCUCCGCGCGGAGAUAUGACGUUUUGAAACGACAUAUCUCCGCCGUGUCACAAACGACAUAUCUCCGCGCGGAGCUAUGACGCUUAGAAGCGACAUAUCUCCGCGCAGCGAUUUUGAGCAAAUUAUGCCGAUACACCAUCAAAAAAUACAAAAAAAAACAAAAAAAAGAAAACAAAAGGAACAAAUAAAUUUGCAGUGGCUACACAGCGCCCAACGACAUGUUCUGACUGAUUUUCUGUCCCUCUCGCACAUACUCUUUAUCUUUAGCUGGUUACCUAACUGUAAAUGCACCGUAAAAAAUAUUGUCUUAAUUGAGCAAAUAUAGCUACUGCAUAAUUUAUGAACAGCGUUUUUAUUAGGAAGUUAAUUUCAUUAAACAAAAAUUGUUAAAGAAUGCCGUGUUGUAUUUAAUGUAAUAUAAACGUAUUAUUUAAUAUGUAAUAUGUAGAUAAUUUAUUGUUUUUAAACAUGUGCAUAGAAUAUAAUGUUAUAGAAUAUUUUUUUCUGUGCAAUAGGCAAAGCGUGCGAGGCGCGCGCCAAAAAUAUGCCGCAUUAUUCUGCUGCAUUCAUUCCGAUUCGGUUGCUCAGACAGUAAGAAUGGACUACGAAAAUAUUAAAUUUGAAUUCAGAGAAGGAAGCCGAGCGGGCUGCUCGUUAAUGUUGUUUUCAUUAUUCGAGCAACAAAUUUAUGUAAAAAACAAACAAUUAAAACUAGGCGAAACCACAUAUGUGUGCCGAGUUAAAUUCUGUAAAGCCAGAGUUUAUUUAAGUUCAGACAAAUCUAGAGUUUACUCAAAUCCUGAAUAUGUUGUGCAUAGCCAUGGCCCUCAGAGUGAUGAAAUGAAAAAAAUCAGUGCUCUUAGUGAAAUAAAACUGAAGUGCGAAAAUAAUAGCAAUUUCGACACCAAAAAAGUAUUCAAUGAUGUUCUUGCUGAGAAAACAAGAGGUGAAGCGGAGAUUGAAAUAAAUUAUGACUCUGUCAAACGCACUUUGCAAAGAAAAAGACAGCCUUUCUUGCCAAAGUCUCCAUCUUCUGCAGAGAAUGUUCUGGAAGCUUUUCAAGACGAAAAUAUUAUGAACCGUUUUGGAAUAACCAAGGGAAAUACUGCAAAUCAGUUCUAUAAAAAAGUGUACGCAUCGAGCUCGUUUGCUUAUUGCAUAUUUUCAUCAGACAAGGUAAUCACCUUGAUGCAAGCCAACAUUCCGGAGCAUAAUAGGCAUUAUUUAAUUGAUGAUCGCUCAAAAAAAAUAAUGGACGCAAUGGAUCUUUUUGAAAGAGGUGAAAUUGAUAUACAGGGAUUUCUGACAUGCACUGUUUCCUUAGCUGACCGCUUUUCAAAGCAGGACUUCUUUGAAGGUGUGGACAAUGAAAGCAAUUUAACUGGAAUGUCUUCUGAUAUGAAAUCUUCCACAUCGUCACUUUCAUCGAAUGCUUCUCAUUCAAGUCAGUCAUCUGAUAAGUCAUUGGUUCAAAUAAAUCCAUGCAAUGUGUGCCUAUGUAACCCAAAGUCUGUGUUGUUGCGCCCGUGCAAUCACGUAAACAUUUGUGGUACAUGUUGGGAUCAAAUUGUGGCCCACAACCAAGCAAAAAACGACUUGGAAGAAAAUGAAAAUAUAAAGCCAAAAUGUCCAAGUUGCAACCAAGAAGUCGAAGAGGCCAUACGCAAUGUUUUUAUUUAUAAUUAACUUGUGUAAGUUAAGAACGAAAAAAUUUAAGAAAACUGCUAUUAUGAUUUCUGUGUAUUUGGACUAUUGCACAUUUUUUAAUUUCAAUAAAAUUAUGUUAUAAAAGGAAA